AUGAGCGGUUUUCGUAGUCAAAAAUGGGAUCCAUGGUUGAUUAUUAGUCAAAUUAUUGCUGUUCAGGCAUUAUAUUAUUUUGGACUUGGACUUUGGUUAUUUCUUAUUGGAUCUACUUUUCAGCAAAAACCUACACUUGAUUAUCUAUUUUCUUAUAAAAUAUUACAAUUAUCAAGUUGGAACGAACGAUUAUUGACGAGUGUAUUUUUACUCAAUGCAUUAACAAGUGGUUUUGGAAUUGUUUCUAUAGUUGGACGAUAUAAACAAUGUUUAGAUUUUUCACUAACAAUUCAUUUUUAUCAUUUUAUUAUUUGUUGGAUGUAUAAUAAUCAACAUCCGAAUAUAUUUUCUUGGUAUGUUAUACAAUUUCUAUCAAUUGUUAUAAUGACCAUAUUUUCGGAACAUUUUUCUAAAAAAAAUGAACUUCGAAAUAUACCCCUUUCUUCACGUGCUGAUCUUUAA